UUACAAAAUGUAUAACAAUCAUUGACUUCAAAACGGAAAAGGAAGUUGUUACCUAGUGACGAGAAUUCAUCAUAUUUCAUAUUUAAGAAUUUCUUAGUAUUCAUUCUCAUAUCUUAACUAUAAGAGUCUGACUUGGUCACCUUAAAAAUGUUUUGUGUUCACUAUUUUUCUCAUUAUCUGCAAAAACAGUCACUUACGAUUUAUGCAUGCAUAUGAAUGUGUGUGUCAAUCGAUUUACAGGAUGCUGCAAUACUAUCACGAAGAUGACUUCGUUAGAAAACAACCACCGCAAAAGCGUCUGUCUAUAUAGUCAACAGCAUUGCCUAUAUUACCAUCCACCGCCCUUCGUAGAGCCAAAAAAAACACUUAGUUUCGUUACCAGCAAUUUGCCACUUUUGGCGAGCUACCGACUGACCGACCAUUUCAGUCAUUUUCGAACAUGAGCGCCGUGGGUUUCAAUAAAAAUAAACGCGCCGGCCCGGUUGUUGUUUAAACACAAAAAAAUAAUACAAGUAAGAGUAAAACAAAAUAUGUAUUUAAAAUACAAAAUAAGAAGAAAGUGAAAAAAUAGCAUAUAUAUAUGAAUUUUUUGUUUGAACAAAAUUUUUGAACGAUUAACACUAAAAAUAGACCAAACGGUUGUCUAUUUAUUACGUGUAUAAGGGAUUUGCAGUGCGGCGCUUAGUGGGAAUACCAACAACAUCAAUAUAUACAUAUAUACAAUUUGCACAUGAAUAUCUAUCUAUGUAUAAGCAAAAUUUGUGUUAACAAAAAAUUGAAAAAUUUAAUUUAAUGAACUUGUGUCACUUAUAUGUACGUACCUAAGUAUAUUUAGUUGAUCGGAUUGAAAAACUUAAAAGCGCUUUUUUUAGUAAAGACUAAGCACAUUAUUCAAAAAUAAAUACUUAUAUACAUAAUUUUCAAAAUGCCUGCAUCGAAUACGAUAGUGUUGAAGAGUCUUUCCAUACUGCUCGGAUUAUUCUUCAUUUUUGUUGGAUUACUUAAGUUGACACCAGCUAUUAGCAAGGAUUUGUUCAAGGACUUGCGAACAGAAUAUGUAAAAUAUGCCAAAGUUUUUCCGCUGGCCACAAUGUUUGGCUUCAAAGUGCCCUCAAAGUGGUAUCGUCGAACUGUUGGUAUUCUGGAGAUAACUUGCGGGCUGGCUAUGGCACUUAUUCCAUAUCAUAAAGUAAAAAAUGCUGCCAAUGUAACUCUGUUGCUAUUAAUGAUUUUGGGUGUCUAUCAACAUUGGAUGGUCAGCGAUCCAUUCGAACGCUCUGGACCGGCGCUUGUAUUUACAUUCAUGCUAGGCGGACGACUUGUUGUAUGGUAUCAGACAAGUCGGAAGGAUAGUGAACUAGCAGCUGCCACACAACCACAAACGAAUGGCGUGAAACAGGAUUAAGAACUCAAUAAGAUAUCGUGGAAAGCAAAUAUUCACAAUCAACUCAUUUUAAUAAAAUAUACGCAUAAUUAUCUAUGAUAAAAAUGUCUUGCACAUCACAUCACAUCACAUCACACUUAAGAUAAACAUACAUACAUAUGUAAGUGCAAUUUGCACAUCAAAGCAAUCAAUUCAAUUACAACAAUAAUGAAAAUGACAAGCAUUAAGUUCUAAUUUAUAGCAUCAUAUGCAUAAAUACAUAAGAAAUCUCUAAAAUUUUAAAUUCAACAUUUUCAUAACUGCAUUGUCACUAUUUUGUAUCAUAAAUUACUGUUUUCUUUCAAAUUAAAACUAAAGCCCGUUGUAAAUCCGAAAGUCUACCAAUAAAUGUGCUCAAUACACAGUCAGUAAAUACCUACACAUAAUUAUCAUAUACUGAAAGUUCUUAACCGCACGAUUUAAUGAAUAUUAAAAUAACAUAAUUCAUAAAUGUCACGUAGUAGAACUUCAGUUAUCAUUUCAAAUUUUAGUCAUCGAUUUUUUUUCAAAUAAAUUUCGCACGCAAUUUUAAUAAAAAUUUCAAACUGAAA